AUGCGGGCUAUUCUUACGCAGGCUGAAGUCGAUGAUGCUCUUGAUAAAUUUGGUAACAAGGAUUCCAAAUCUUGGACCGACGAGGAGAAGAGAAAAGAUCGUAAGGCCUUGACUCAAAUUCAACUUCAUCUUUCAAAUAAUAUUUUGCAAGAUUGUUUGCAGGAGAAAACUGCAGCUGUGCUAUGGCUCAAGUUAGAGUCAAUUUGCAUGUCUAAGGAUUUGACAAGCAAGAUGCAUUUGAAGAUGAAGUUAUAUACACACAAGUUGCAAGAGGGUGGUUCUGUGCUUAACCAUCUUAUGGUCUUCAAGGAGAUCGUUUCGGAUCUACAGGCUAUGGAGGUAGAUUAUGAUGAUGAGGAUUUGGGUCUCAUUCUUUUGUACUCUUUGCCUAGUUCUUUUGCAAACUUCAGAGAUACAUUGUUAUAUAGUCAUGAUACUCUAACGCUUGAUGAAUUUUCUGAGGCUUUGCACGCCAAGGAAAAGAUGAAAGAGAUGGUGUCUUGUGAAGGUUCCCUCCAAUGGAGAAGUGUUAAUACUGUUCGUAGGGAGGACAGAAAAUAA